AUGGCAUCUAAAGAUGACAGAAUACGGUCUGUCUUUACGACGUCUCGUCGACAUGUUUCGGAGGGGAGCAAUUGGGAGAGAUUCUCUAGCAUCGAGAUAUGGAUCGACCCUACUCUUACUAGCCAUAUUGUAUUGUAUAGAGUCGUCGAAGGCCCGAUUCAGGACAUCAGCGAGCACGUGAAGGUACAGGCAGGCGAAAAAGCAAUGACACACGUGCUUACCCUGAGUAACGGUGCUGUUGAGCAAAUACAAAGCCUUCAGCCUGGGUUUCAGAUCACCCUCUCGGAUCUGGGCGCUGAGAAUGCUAAGUUCCGCGGCAACCUGGGAGAGAUGGAAUGGAGAGGAUUCUGCUGCGCCACAAGCACUAUCCCGUUCGCCACGAUGACAGAAGGCGAAAGGCCAAUUGCCGACAACGUGAAGAGAUUUCUUGACAUCUCCCCUUUGGUCGGAAAGACGGAUGAUCAAGGCAGAUCCACCACCAUCGACCAAGCCCGGGAUUGGGCAACGGAUAUCUUCCACGAGAUGAUACAGCAUUCACUCUCAGAUAGCGACCGCAGGUUUUUCUUUCAAAACUUCAAAGUGCUGGGCGGACUCUUCCGAUCGCAGCAUCUAGGCGACCAGGCACUUCCGACGCUUCUGACGGAUUCAUCAAGCGCCCUGUGCUUGAGCUCAACGGUUAGCCGCAAUUACCUAACCCUCCAUCGCGCCGCAGUCUUAUCGAUGUGUAAAGCUCUCAAGUCGAGCGAGUGGCUCCAAGAGAAGUAUCGCAGUGGGAUUAGCGAUAAAGCGGAAGAGGGCCUGACAACGUUGCAAGCCCUAGCAUCGAAACGACGGGAACAGCUACAGUCUGAAACAGAGAUAUCGUUUCACAACCAGUAUCUGGAUGCAAUGAACAUUUCGUACUUUGCUGCAUACCUCUGCUCCAAUCCUGCGCUUGUGGAGUUCUUGCGCGAGCCCGACGCCAUGUUCAAACAGGUCCGGGACGUGUUGAAUUCUCCGAACUAUUUGGCUCAUUGGCUGCCCAAGCUGAUUGACGCCGGAAAAGACAAGACGGCUCGGACUCUCAAGAUGCGGCUCUCCAUCAUCCAUGACAAGCUGGUGCUUCUUUUGAAGAUGGCCAAUCCAUUGGCUGCACCAUGGCAGAAUGAAGGUGCUGAAUACAAAGAAGUGAACGCCACCGUCAAUAAAUUGGUGGAUGCAGCCAAAGAGUCUGGUUUGAUCGAUCUGACCAACAUCCAUUUGGAAACGGAGAUACUUGACUUGAGAAUCGACGGCUGGGCCAUGGUCGACACACAGAUCCUAUCUAUGCGUAAAGUCAUCACAUCCUCUCACAUGCCAGCCCAAUACUGA